GGUUCGGGGGCCAUGUCCCUCCUCCCGUGGCUCCGGUGGAACGAGGCCCUGCCCCGGCUGUCGCCCCGGAGCCCGGCUGAGACGGUGCUGGAGACGCUCAUGCUGGAGCUGGCGGGGCAGAUGCGGGAGGCGGAGCGGCAGCGGCGGGAGCGCGGCGGGGCGGCCGGGAGGGUCCGCACCGGCGUGGACUACAGCUGGCUGGCCAGCGCGCCCCGGGCCGCCUAUGACCUCAGCCCCGCGGAGCGCCUGCACCUGGAGGGGGUCUGCGCCAAGAUCCCCCCGGCCUCCUGCGGGCCUGCCAUCCUCAGGUUCCGGCAGCUGCUGGCGGAGCAGGAGCCGGAGGUGCGGGAGGUGUCCCGGCUCUUCCUCUCGGUGCUGCACGAGGUGCUGGAGGGGAGGAGGCGGGAGGAGGAGGCCCGCAGGCUGACCCGGCAGUGGAGCCUGCGGCCCCGCCGCGGCCUGGCCCUGCCUGCCUUCAGGCCCCGCGCCCGCAUCUCCCCCUUCGCCAGCGACAUCCCCACCGUCUCCGAGGACGUGGAGCGGGGUGCCCGGCCGCCGGCCCGGGCCUGGAGCAUGCCCGAGUUCAGGGCACCCCAGGAGGACUGACCCCCCGGCUCUGGGGGCAAAGCCACCGGUGGGAGGGUGUGAAAGGCCUGGGACCACCCCAGGCUCUGGAACCUCCUGCCAGGCAGCCACGGGCAGCCCCAGCCUAAGGCACUCCUGUGAGAUGGAGCAAGCCCCUGCCCACCCACCCCUCCCCCUAAAGCAGGGCCCCUCCCUACGCGGGGUCUCCGCAGACAGACCAGGGCCCCACCUUCUGCUUCUGUCUGGAAGACAGAUAAUUGCCCUGAUGUUUUGCCACGCCCCGAGUCCUCACCCCACCUCCAGGGCUGUCCCAUUCACCCCAUCUCCCUGGGUAACUAACGAUGAGGGUCCAUUCUCUGCCAGUGUCUGGCGGUCCCGCCACUGCAGGUGGGUCCCAGCCUCGUGGGCCAGCAGAGCUGGAAGUGGCCACAGAGGUCACCGGGUCCACCCUCCUGACUUCUGAACGAGGACCCUAAGGCUCAGACCAGGCUGCUUCUUCCACCUUAAACGGAUCCCUGUGGGUGGCAGGUUGUCCCUGAACACUGUCUCUGCCCCUGAGUCCUGGAGUCCUGGGCUAUGAGGGGACAGGUCCAAGGACUGCACCAGCACCUGCCCAUGGUUUGACUGCUGUCUGGCCUUGGCCUUGGCCUUGGCCUGGGGGGGCUAAGCUGCUCUCCAAGAAAAUCGCUGGGGCAGAGGUAGGCUGCCAUCACCCCACCCCAGGGCGUCAUCUCCUGGGGGGUGGCUGGUCCCCACAGCUCCUCCUAGAAGCUCAGCUCCCCGCUGGAUGCUCUGGAGAGUCCGGGUCUCUGAGCCAGGGCCCCUUCGGAAUCUGGCCAUGCCUGCCCUCGGCCUUCCCCGGAGCCCACGCCCCUAACUGGCCUCGAGGCACCGGACAUGCCUUAGGAGAGCCUGCCAGCCUGUGGUUAGCGCUCGGUGAUGGGCAUGUGGAGUCUCCCCUGUGGGGGUCACCCACAGUGAGUCCGCACACUCUCUGGGCUGCAGUGGGGCAUGGGGGACGGUGGGGAAAGUGUCUGUCCCAGUUACCCAUGCACACUCAGAAAACCAAGGGAAGCAAGUACUUCAGUGGCAAGUUUGUCCCCAGCCCUGGCUGGGGCGUGUGCAGGAACCAAUCACUAUGUUUUGUUUCUCUCUCUUCCUCU